AUGGCCAGACACCACAAUGACAUGUCCAGCAAAGUCGUAGAGUUUGAACAGGACAUCUACAAGCGUGGCUUGAAAUAUGAACGUCCGUCUUUCACUUUUCAGUCUGAGCUAUGGGAGCCACAAGCAUGUGCGCGUCUUUCCGCGGAAGCUAAAGGCUAUGUAUACGGCAGCGCCGGCACACGCGAGACUCACAACAAGAACAUCGAGGCCUUCAAGAAAUGGUCUAUACAGCCUCGGCGUCUGGUGAAGACAGAACGAUUUGCAAACUUACAGACCACAGUCUUUCCUGGCGAGACCAAGGAGACAAUUGCGAGUCCUAUGGCUAUUGGGCCGGUCGGUGUGCUCAAAUUGUUCCAUAGGGAGGGUGAAGCGGCGGUCGCGAAAGCUGCGGCAGAUUGUGAUGUGCCAUACAUCCUCAGCACAGCUUCGAGCUCGAGUAUCGAGGAGACAGCAAAGGCCAAUGGUGAUGGACAGAGAUGGUAUCAGCUGUAUUGGCCGAGUAAUGAGCACGACGACAUAACUGUCUCAUUACUCAAGCGUGCGAGGCAGGCCGGUUAUACUGCAUUGUUCGUUACACUUGACACAUAUCUAUUAGGGUGGCGCCCGAGCGAUAUGGACAAUGGUUAUAACCCAUUCUUGAAAGCUGAUCAGGUUGGUGUCGCAAUUGGUUUCUCCGAUCCAGUAUUCCGUGAGCAUUUCAGAAAAGAACAUGGUAAAGAGAUUGAGGAGGACCAGUCAGCGGCAGCAGCCGAGUGGACUAAAAUCAUCUUCCCUGGCUUGUCUCACAGCUUUGAGGAUGUGAAGUUCCUGCAAAAACAUUGGGAUGGACCCAUCGUCCUCAAGGGCAUCCAGACGGUGGCUGAUGCUCAGCGAGCAGUCGAAAUCGGAGUUCAAGGAAUCGUUGUUAGUAACCAUGGCGGUCGACAGCAGGAUGGUGGUAACUCGAGUCUCGGUAUCCUACCUUAUAUCGUGGAUGCUGUUGGAAAGGAUUUGACCAUAUUCUUCGACAGUGGCAUUCGAUGUGGUGCCGAUAUUGUCAAGGCGUUGGCUCUUGGAGCGGAUUGUGUUCUGAUUGGGCGUCCUUACGUUUACGGUCUGAGCCUUGGUGGUGAGGAAGGCGUCAAGCAUGUAAUCAAUGCAUUGACUGGUGAACUAGAGAUGACUCUGCAUCUCAGUGGCAUUCCAGACGUCGACAAAAGCGUUCUGAACAGAUCGGUGUUGCUCAAAGAGGACGAUUUGUUCCACAACGUGAAAGGUAUAACACGAAUGGGAUAA